AAAGUUUGGCUCCGGCGCUGCAGAGGGAGGGGGCGGCCCGGCCCGGCCCAACUCUGCCCCCGGCCGGCCCGACCCCGGCCCCGGCCCCCGGACAAGCCCUUAUCUGAUUCCAGCUCGGGGUUUAAGAGUCUUGGUCCUGCCCGUCGCGCAGCUCCGCUCGUCACUCCUGCCCGCCCCGUCUGUUCAUCUGUCCCGCUGCCCGGCGGUCCAUCCGUGCAGCCACUACACCUGCGAGCCAAGGUAAAGGCAUUUGUCACCAAGCUUGACCACCAAAGUCCAAUUCCCAGGGCCCGCAUGGUGGGAGAAAAUGAAAUCCUGCAACUUGUCCUCGGGACGUGACACUUAAGCACUCCCCCAUAAAUAAAUAUGACAUCAGUUGCUAAGGUCUAUUAUAGUCAGACGACUCAGACAGAAAGUCGGCCCCUAGUGGCCCCGGGAAUACGUCGGAGGAGGGUCCUGACAAAAGAUGGCCGUAGCAAUGUCAGAAUGGAGCAUAUUGCUGACAAGCGUUUCCUCUACCUCAAGGACCUAUGGACGACCUUCAUUGACAUGCAAUGGCGCUACAAGCUUCUGCUCUUUUCUGCAACCUUUGCAGGCACCUGGUUCCUCUUUGGUGUAGUGUGGUAUCUGGUAGCUGUGGCCCACGGGGACCUGUUGGAGCUGGGCCCCCCUGCCAACCACACCCCUUGCGUAGUGCAGGUGCACACACUCACUGGAGCCUUCCUCUUCUCCCUCGAAUCGCAGACCACCAUUGGCUAUGGCUUCCGUUACAUCAGCGAAGAGUGCCCUCUGGCCAUCGUGCUUCUGAUUGCCCAGUUGGUGCUCACCACCAUCCUUGAAAUCUUCAUCACAGGUACCUUCCUGGCAAAGAUUGCCCGGCCCAAGAAGAGGGCUGAGACUAUCCGAUUCAGCCAGCAUGCAGUGGUAGCCUCCCACAACGGGAAGCCUUGCCUUAUGAUCCGAGUUGCUAAUAUGCGGAAGAGUCUCCUCAUUGGAUGCCAGGUGACGGGCAAACUGCUUCAGACCCACCAGACAAAGGAGGGUGAGAAUAUCCGGCUCAACCAGGUCAACGUUACUUUCCAGGUAGACACAGCCUCUGAUAGCCCCUUUCUCAUUCUACCCCUGACCUUCUACCACGUGGUGGAUGAGACGAGUCCCUUGAAAGAUCUUCCCCUCCGCAGUGGGGAGGGGGACUUUGAACUGGUGCUGAUCCUAAGUGGGACAGUGGAGUCCACUAGCGCCACCUGUCAAGUUCGCACUUCCUACUUGCCGGAGGAGAUCCUCUGGGGCUACGAAUUCACACCGGCUAUCUCACUUUCAGCCAGUGGCAAAUACAUAGCGGACUUCAGCCUUUUCGACCAGGUUGUGAAAGUGGCUCCCCCUGGUGGUCUCCGCGAUAGCGCUGUGCGCUAUGGAGACCCGGAAAAGCUCAAGUUGGAAGAAUCAUUAAGAGAGCAAGCUGAAAAGGAAGGCAGUGCCCUUAGUGUGCGCAUCAGCAAUGUCUGACUUCCUAUUCUCUCCUCCCCAGCCCUUUGGCCUUUUCCUCUUUCAGUGCCCUGGGAAAAGGAGACUAUCUGGGUUCGCUGGAGAACCCCAGAAGCACCCGUCCUCUACUUCCCCUUCCUUAACUCGGUGGUCGGUCAGUAGCACAGUCCUGCGCUUCCCUCUCUCUGUCCUCGCACCUGCCUCUGCUGCUAUGCCAAUGCACACGACUCUUAAGCCAGGAUGGGGGACGGAGCGAGAAGGUUAGGCUGAGUGGCUUGGAAAGCUUCAGCCAUGCUUGGAGAUUCACGUUAGGAGGGCCAUAUGAUCGGAUGGAUAGACUCCCCCAGCCCCUACUGCUAGAAAGUGUGAUGACGUCAGACUGGAGCUCCCCCAUCUCUGUUUCCAUCUAGUAAGUCCCCUAAGGCAAAACUCUCUCAGAGAGUUAUUCUAUGGACUAUGCUCUCAGAA